CCUCGUCACUCUCUCUCUCCUCCCUCACUCCCCUGCCCGUCCCUGAAAUCGCCUCGGAUUUCCUCCUAUCCACGCCGAGCCCUUUGCCAGGCACCAUGACCACCCCCAAUGGCCCUCCGCGCCCGUCGUUCAACAACGCGGAUCUUCCGGAAACCCGCGAUCAGCUGUUAGAACAUGAUGCGACCCUGAUAGUCGCCAACUCGGUCUCCCUCACCUUGGGAGGUGACUCCCUUCUGAUUGUCGACGAACGCUCCAUGCGCAAAUCUGAGCGUGGGUGUUGCGGCAUCGCCAACAAAACAGCCAAACCCACGCACUCCAUUGGUUUCUACAAUAUCCUGGACGCCGAUCUUUCCCCGGAAGGCCUGACCAUCACCUAUGCGGAGUCGGCAUCGAAACAGGAUGUCCGUGUGACCGCCCUGCGAUACCCGUUCGCUCCCGAAGAAAAAGCGGCCGUUGAAUCAUGGACAAAUCGAUUCCUAGACGUAGUCUAUGGCUCCGCGAAACGGUAUAAGAGACUCAAAGUCUUGGUCAACCCAUUCGGCGGUCAAGGGCACGCUGUCAAAUUGUACUCGACGUAUGCAGCACCCGUCUUUGCUGCUGCGCGCUGUCAGGUGGACGUGCAGGAAACAACGCACGGAGGCCACGCGGUGGAAAUUGUGGAGCAACUCGACGUCAAUGCCUAUGAUGCGAUUAUCUGCUGCUCCGGAGAUGGUUUACCGUACGAAGUCUUCAAUGGCCUGGCUAAGAAGCCCAAUGCCCGCGAAGCGUUGGCCAAGAUCGCCGUUGCAAUGAUACCUUGCGGGUCCGGAAAUGCGAUGGCUUGGAAUCUGUGCGGAACCGGCAGUGUUUCGGUGGCAGCUUUGGAAAUUGUGAAGGGCGUCCGGACCCCCAUCGAUCUGGUUUCGAUCACACAGGGAAAGAAUCGCACGCUCUCCUUCCUGUCACAAUCUUUUGGCAUCAUCGCCGAGGCUGACCUUGGAACCGAUGAUAUCCGCUGGAUGGGUGCUCAUCGUUUCACAUACGGUUUCCUGAAGCGGAUCAUGUACCGCGCAACGUAUCCAUGCGAUCUUGCAAUCAAGGUGGUGAUGGAUGAUAAGCAGACGAUCAAAAACCAUUAUAGUGCGUACGCGCAGAGCCAGCCGCCCAGUCGUCCUGCCGAACCUACUGUAGGACAGCCUGACGGACUUCCCGAGCUCGCGUUCGGUACCGUGCUGGAUGAACUGCCGGAGGAUUGGGAAGUUAUCCCAGCCGAGACGCUUGGCAAUUUCUACGCGGGCAACAUGGCCAUCAUGUCCAAGGAUACGAACUUCUUCCCAGCCUCUUUGCCUAGUGACGGGCUGAUGGAUAUCGUCACCAUCGAUGGGACUCUCAGUCGCCUAACCACGCUCAAGAUGAUGACGGCGAUCCCUGAAGGCGCAUUCUUCGACAUGCCCGACGUCAAAAUCCGCAAAGCCCUUGCGUAUCGGCUGGUUCCCCGUGAAAAGGAGGGAUACAUCAGCGUGGACGGUGAAAGCGUGCCUUUUGAAGCCUUCCAGGCGGAAAUCCACCGAGGCUUGGGCACGGUACUUUCGAAGUCCGGACAUCUCUACGAAGCAGAGGGGCCAAAGCCGUAGACGUUGGGGUUGGUCAGACGAAAAGUUGAUGGCAGGUAUGGGUUCUCAUUUGGAUGUUCUUUAUCGUUCUCUUUCUUUCCAGUCUUCGCACUCUGUGAUGAUACCCUGGCGCAAGACUUCUGCUUGCUUUGUUGUCGUUUAGUCCAAGUGGCGCUCUCUGUAGAGUUG